UUUUGAUUGUCUUCCAAGCAUGCUUUUAUCAAGGAAAUUACAUGGGAAAUUAUCGUACCAGCUGCAACUACUCAUUUAUAACGGUUAAGAGACGUCAAAAAACAUGAUUGAUUUGAGUCACUGAUUGAGUUGUGCUCUCCACCAGUGCACACGAGGGUCACCUUUGGCCCUAGGUAAUAGACUGUUGUAAUCUUAACCACCAACGGCUGCGCACGACCGAUCCUUCAAUGUGGCAAGAGCCUGGCGCCGCCAGGUUCAAACAACAGGCGCUGAAUACACAUGGUGGUAUCCUCGACAACGCCGUGACGUGAGCCGUCAUCUCUAGCGGGUGAAUCCCCAUUGAUUCUCCCAUGCCAGAUGCGCUAUUUCGCGGUUUGAAGCAUUCAGAAACCACUGCAGUCAUUUUAAGCCUCGCCUCGCGGAGGCCACGCGAAAGAUGGACGCUACGAUGAAGCUUGAGCUUAAGCUAAACAUAACCUUACGGCUGAAAUGGUGGGUAAGGUGCUCGCGGAACAUUUGUAUGUUCUGGACCAGCUAUAUAAACCACCCGAUAUCAAAUGCGCAUGCGCUCAGCGCCCCCGCCUACCAGGGCCUAUUUGGUAUGUGGAUCUCGUAAGACGCAUAUCUCCCUUCAAACCACUCUUUCGGCUUGCCUGUCCUUAAGGAAGAUGUCGUUACGCUGUCAAGUUUUUGAAACCUCUCAGGGACAGGUCGUCCACGUAACCGGAGGGCGCACAGUCUACGUUACUGGACCAGAGGAGACCCAGGCACGUCGUGGACAGCUUACCGAUGUAUUUCCAGGCCCCAAAGUCUCUGCACUUCGUGGCGAGCUUUUAGACAUCACAUACGACGAAGUGAUCCCAGCCACCCGUGGGGACGUUGUACAUGUCCUCGGCGGUCAUAUCGUGCACAUCCUUGGGCACACAGUGGUGCAGGCGCGCCGCGGAGAACUGAGGGAUAUAUCUGAUGGAAAGACUGUCAAAGCUACGCGCGGAGAGCUAAUUGACGAGACGAGCCGGCGGACGAUUCGAGCCGUUCGGGGCGAAGCUACACAGACAACGCGUGGGGUGUGCCACUUGCUUUGUUUUGGCGAAGGAAAACAUUUACUGACGAAGACAAUAGGGAGUUACAGUUGACGUUGAUGCCUCUCAGCACCUGCGCAUGAGACGCCCAUGACUUCUAUGGGAUCAUUGACUGUGUGGAUUGCGAGGCCACUCGCAAUACCAAUGAACGCAUGUAGUUGAAGC